AUGGACGAAACGAAGGUUAUUUAUCACAUUGAUGACGAAGAUACACCUUACCUUGUUAAGCUACCCAAAAGUCCUGCUGAAGUUACGCUUUCUGACUUCAAAAAUGUACUCAAUCGGCCGAGCUAUAAGUUCUUCUUCAAGAGUAUGGACGACGACUUCGGGUGAGUUUGUGUACCAACUAAGCGCUCUCUGUGUAGAUUCAUUUCUUAGGCACUGUUUGCAUUGUCUCUCUUCGUCGUACAGUUCUUUCUCAAGCGGAAAUGUUCCGAUUUUCAGCAGGUUAUAUAUCUGUAUAAAUAGUCUUUGAAAUACAUUUGUUUAGGAAAACACCGACCUGCCUCGUUCUUCUAUCCAAUGAUUUCAAAUCCGUCUUGUUUUGCUUUGAAGCCAUACUGUGUGAAAGUUCGCUCGCUGUCAGCAUGUUCCGUGACUCGCUGUGUAUAGCUACGACUGUACAUAGCCUUUUCUUGUAUAAUCAAUUUUCCGUUAUUUCAAGCGAUCCACGGCGAGUCAUUGCUGGCGAGUUUUGGCGCAGAUCUCAGGCAUUCCAUCCGAACUUUUCUGAUGGCUUUCUCGAUUGUAAUUGAUACCUUUUUCGUUCAUGAUAACUUCGAUCUCGUUUGCAGUGUGGUCAAAGAAGAGAUAAGCGAUGAAGAGAUGAACUUACCAUGUUUUAAUGGAAGAGUAGUCGCAUGGGUAAGUGGUUUUGCUAUUUCUUUGUAAGUUCCGAUUGUAGCUGUGAAAUGAAUUACCGGCGAAGCCAUUCAAGAGAUCGGGUUUGUUGAUAUAUUUUCGUAGCAUGAAAUAAAGUUUAUUUUAAGUUGUAACUCAGUCAAGGUCGUCGAUUGCCUUUAAGAACGUAGAUUUGUAAAAGAAAUGAUCUGAUUGUCUUUGUAGUGCGUUUUCCUUCCUCGUGAUUCCACAGAGAAGGAUAUCCGUCUGGCGCCAAGGUUCAUGUUUAUGCUUCUUAGGAUGAUCUUGAUUUAAAGCCAUUAUUAUACGAAAAGCAACUGUAGAGAAUUAGCCUUAAACAUAAACAUGUUUUGCCGGUAUUUAUUGCCCAGGCUUUAAAAUUUACUUCCUUUUUUACUUGUCGCCCAUUACCCCAAACCUCAAACUUCUAGCAGUCAUUUGUUAUCUCAAAAAAGAUAUUGGCUCUCCGAUUGUGCUUCAGUAAUAAAGUUUGGUUGAAUGUACAAGCCUCAUAUUUUAUUUACAUCUCAUCGAUUUCCUACUGAGGCCAUUGUUAAGAAAGGAGAUUUAAUCAAGGUUAUAUGGACGGAAUGGUAACUGUUUCGUAGAUUUUAACUCCGUCCUUUUAUCGCAAAUCAGACAAUUUUUUGUUCAAAAGGCUUCUAGCUGUCAUUCCAAAAUGAAUUAUUAGGGUGAUUUGCAUUCUUCUUGUUUGUCAAGAGUAAAAGUAAUUUUUUUGAGUGAAUGAUUCGGCCAAUGCGAGAAGUACUGGCUCUUUGAAGGGAAAGUGCUAUUUAAUACUAGGUUUGCAAUUAGGAGGCUAUUCAUUAAAUUGUCAUCAGUGUGAAGGAUGCCGUUCUUUGAAAGGCCAGUCGCGUAUUUUUGUUUUUUAAGUAACUUGCCCUUCAUGAUUUUGAGGUGCAAGUGUCGUGGCCAGACAGUUUUUAUGGUCAAAUUUUAUCACUGAGAAAGGUAGUUGUAAAUUGUUAAACUUCCUAGGGCACUGUUCGAUAUUUGAAAAUCACCAUAAAGCACUGACGCUAACUCCUAGACGAUUAUUUUAUUCAAGAUUUCUAAGUAUGAUUGUAAAGAUUGUUUGCAGUCCUCUUUGGAUGGCUUCACAUUGACGAACAUCUAAGUAAAUGGAUCUGUGAGAAACAGAUGGUUUGUCAAAAAUACCAAAAAAAUUUACUCUACAGCACACGGAGAGCAUAGAUUAUUGAGAGAUUGGUUGUAUAUUUCGCUUUUUCAUCUGAUCUUCUUCUAUGGUGUGAUUUUUCCACCUGUCUGUUAAUAAUUUUGGGUGUUCUACUUUGUCAGUGAGGCCGAGAUUUCAAUUUUGGAUGGAUGUGCUAAUUAGUCUGUUAGCCUUGCUCAUUAGUACCCUUUAUGUUGGAUUAGAACAAUAAGAGCCUUUUUUCUUAGACAAGACCAUGAGAAAGAAAGCCCUUUUGUUCUUAUAUCUUUAUGCUGAACCAGAGAGUCUUAGUGACGAUUGUUAAAUUGCUUGUGAGCUUGGAUGAUGUAAAAAGGAGAUUAACGACCAAGUAUUUUUUUUAUCAUAAAUUUGCUUUUCAAUCCAGCCAUUGGUUUUGCUUUUUAAAAUAAAUAUAGCAUAUUUUGUGGUUUAUAAUAAACCAAGUGUAAACCACAUGUUACAUCCUUUUAUAUUUUUCUAUAUUCUGUUAAGUGGUUCUAUGCCCCACUAAAAUAUUAUGCAGAACCGUAAAAUAUGUUGGUGAAGCUAUAUUGUUCACUAAGUGACCUAAUUACUAGUGUAUGAUAAGAAGAAACGUUUUUGCAGCCAAAACAAUCAGAGCAAUAUAUAAAUGUCUAAAAUUUAUCUUUAUUUGUUCAGUGAACAGAAUAAAAUAUCGUAAUAAAGGGACUUUAGUACUGCCUUAAAUACAUUCACUUAAAUUUACUUUGUCUGUGGUUUGACUAUUUUAAUGCUUAAUUGAGCUGUUUGCCUAGAGACUGUUUGGCAGUUCAAUUAAAAUACUGUAACGAGGGCAUAAAGAAGUAAAUGCAAAACAAUAUAUUUUGACGUAAUCUUAAUGUUGUCGUAUGCCUUGUAAUAACUCCUCCAUGUACUAUGUUUGGCUUUACUCUAGAAAGGGUGUUCUCAGUUGACUGUUUGCUAGAACAGAAAUAGUAAUUAAUGCCAUGCUCUCUGGAGAUUGUUCUUCUGAGAGAUUUAGUUGUAACCAUAGUAAAGCCCUGCUUAUGUGCAAUAUAAGAGUUACAUAGUAAUAUAGUGCAGUCCAUCAGCUCUGCUAAUGGAAGACACUCCGGAUAUUAAACAAGGCAAUCACUGUAUUCUAGGCAGUUUCAUGAGGCCACUAUAGGGGUGGGGGCCAGUUUCCCUCUUUUCUGUUUUCACAAAUUGAGAGAGAAAGCAAGUUCCUGUCAGCCUUUUUUACUUUGUGUUUUGUUACCAUUUCUUCAACUUGUGUUGCUUAUUCAAAGCUCUUUAUAUUGUGGUUCAAUUUUAUCCUUGGUUUAAGUUGGUUAAGUUUGUACUUUGGUUUUUGGUAUCUUAAUGAAUGACAGUGAAACAAGGGAAUGUCUUGUCUUGUCUACUUUUAAUACAAUAACAGGUCCUUUUUGAUAAUAAUGUUAUUAAUUAUUAAUGAUAGUAAUAGAUGAUUAACCUGUGAUCAAUUUAUUGUUUUAGCUUGUCACAUCGGACACAAGUAGUGUAUCAGAUCAAGGCAGCAGAGAUGACCAGCAGUCUGUUAUAUCAGCUGGAUCUGAUCUUCAUCCCCCUAUGCCAAGAACAGUUGGUAUCGGGGAUUCAAGACCACCAUCCUUCCAGUAAGUAAACACCAUGAUGUAGAGUUGCCUGGCCCCGGUUUUUCAAACACUGGAUAGUUUUAUCCACCAGAGAAGUAUUCAAGAAACCGAUGCAGUAUCCAAGGGAUAGAAGUUUACCCUUUGGAUAGCAUUAUCCAUGUUUUGAAAAACUAGGGCCUGGAAGAAAACCAUAUCUUGUGCUGUUAAAAAUAUAAUAUUGUAUGUUUUCAGUGUCUUCACAUGAAAAAAAUUUGAAUCGAUCCAUCGUUAUUUGUGUCCUAUGGGAUGCAUGCCAUGAAUUAUUUUGCGUCUUUUCUGGAUUUUUUUGUGUAAGGGAUGCAGGACGCAGAGGUGACAAAAUCACUUAGUACCACUACUUUGUUUUCAUAGUAUCUGGAUCUACUUGCAUCUUUGACAAGUUGCAUUACAAAACAUUUUGAUAACAUGACUGGUCCUUUUGGAAACUAGUGCAUUUUGUUCUCUGAUAAGCCAAAGAUUCUGGGGAAACAACAUUAAUAAUGUUAUUGUUUCCCUUGGGAGCUUUUUUUAUGACAGAAACUGUAUUAACACCCUAGGUUCUCCACCCACUCUCUCCCAUUGUCAUUGUCACAAUGAUCACAAUUUACUUUGAUUUUCAUUUAUUAAAUUGUAUAGUGCAGGGUUAAUCAUUGUCUUUCAGUGAAUCAAAAACUCCAGAAAUGUUUCCCAUGCUUUUUAGGAUUAUUAAAGGUCUGGCCCCAGUUGUUCAAAGCUAGAUAGUGCUAUCCACUGUAUAAAUCUCUAUCCAGUGGAUAGUGCAAUUGGUUUCCCUAAUACUAAUCCACUGGAUAGAGAUUUAUCUGAUAGAAAGCUCUAUCCAGCUUUUGAACAAAUGGGGCCAGCAGGUUAUAUGACCACCUAAAGUAACAUUUAGUGGCCACAUGAUUUCUGUAUCCUAUUUUUUUUAUCUGUUAGAAAAUGAGAACUAUUCUUAUCAUGUACUGAAACUAAGGAGUACAGUCAAGAUUAAAGCUGAUUAUUGUGAUCUGUCAAUUUUAUAUUUGUUUUUUUGCUUGUUCUAGUCAUGGAGGUCACUCCACUACAGGGGAUUUUGAUUCAGAAGUCGAUUCUACAGUUAGUUCUAGAAGAGGUUCCAGAAGACGGGAAAAACAUAGUAUAAACAGAAAUGAAGGUGAGUUUGCUGAGCUGGAUAAAACAGGGCAGACCUACAUGUUGAUAUAUAGGGCUAGGAUGUAAAAGUAGGUGGCUUGGGGAUCAAGUACCGUAGACAAUUUGAGGCUUUCAGUCCCUCAUUCGACCCAUUUUCCCUCAAAAGUAGAUGGCUCAGACGUUGAAGUAGCUGGUUGUUUAGCCAAAUGCUGGCUCCUAAUGAGAAACCUGUAAAACCACAAUGUUACAGUUGGGUCCUUCAAAGUGAAAUCUGCAGAGUAUUUUGACCUUGCAGUCUAGUACUUUUGACAUUACUAAAAUGGAACUAAUGGAUUGUUAAAUUUUCCAUGUGUUACAGUGAUCCAUGGUCGGCGGCGGCAUGAUGGGGAUAGAUAUGAAAGUGCUUCUAUGAUGAGUAGUGAUAUUGAAACAACAAGUUACCAAGAUUCCUCAGAUGAUCAAAGCAGGUAAACUACAUGUAAAGCUGUACUGUAAGAAAAUUUGAAGAGAGCCCAGUGUUCUGAACCUGUGACCGCCAGGGUGCAGGGGUAUGGUUGCUAUGAAAAAACUAAGGGUGCUUUCCAUUCAACAAAAAUUCCAGUUUGAAGUUUUGGAAAUUUCACAUGCCCAAUGAAACAGUACAUUCCGGUUGCACAGCCCCAACGUAAGCCAUCACGCAUUUGGUCAUUGUUCUUGUAAGCAGGAUACAAAAGAGCAGUACUGGGGACAACAAUUUUGUCAAAUGGUCCAACCGACUGAAAUGAUUCCUGGUACAUGUAUUUGUUCAGACUGUUUUCCGUGACGGUGGCUUUCAUCUUACUUUGGUCAAAGAACACUACAUUUUUCCUUUUAAAAGCAGCGUAAUUUUUCUCUUUGAUUACAUUUUCUUUUUUCAUAAACUGAAAUAGUUAGGAGGGAGGCAAAAUUUAACAUUUGUCUGAAAAAGAAAAUCAGAAAGAAGAACAAGGGGAUAGGGGUUUGGUGUUCCAUUUAAUUGCAUCCCAAGAUUGUAGCUUUGGCUAGAAACAGUAUUAAAGAUUUAUCUUUAUCUUUGUAGUGUUUCUAGGUUUUCAAGCACAACAGAAAACUCUCAGCUCUUACGUGGGAGACAUAGAAGAAGAAGGAGGAGACCCAGGAUGCCCAGAGUUCAAAGAGUGAGUACUUGGGCCUUUUUUGAUUAGAGAUCAUCUUGUUUGGUCCUUUCAGCUAAAAUAGAGUGGUGAAUUGUAUACAUUUGUACCUCCAGUAAACUAUCACCCAAAGUACCAAGUUUUUAUUUUAAGAUAUUUCAAGAAGUGUCUGACUUGAAUUUUAGGUGUUCAGUGAUGUUAAUUAACAUUUAUUAAUUUCUUUUUUUAGUGUUCGUCCUUCAGCACAAUUACAGAAUCAACAAUGUCUCUGAACAUUAUCACAGUCACUCUAAAUAUGGGUGAGUACCCUGCCCCUGGUUUUAAAACCAGUCGGUGCUGUUGAUGCUCUUAGAAAUAAGAUUUCUGCUCAAAUUCCUACAGAAUUUUCUAGGAGGUUCUUGCAAAGAAACGAUGAAUCUAUCUGUAUUUCAAAGAGCAACUGUGAUCCUUUCUGCAUUCUAAUCAUCUUUAGUAGUUGAGAGUCGUGAGAACUUGUCAUUUACAUAACUUCAAGGAUUACAUUUAACAUCCAUGCAUGCGUCAUUGUGGUCAAACAUAUGUUAAGUAUAUGUUUAGUGCACACCUACAUGUUGAUAUAAUAUUUAUCAUAUGAAGUCUAGUCUUCUAUAAAUAACAGAAAUCUAUACAUUCCACAGAACGUUAAAAUAAAAGUUGAUGUUAUUUUUGUUUUCAGAUAAAGUCAAUUUUCUAGGAAUUAGUAUUGUUGGUCAAAGCAACAAAAGAGGGGAUGGUGGAAUUUAUGUUGGUUCAAUCAUGAAGGGGUAAGUGUUAACUAUUUCUGUGUAAAUGAAAUUCAUAGUUUUGAACCGGUCAUUCAGGAUUAAUACCUUUAAAAAAUGCUAGUCCAUAACCUCUGAAGGGAGUGUUUAGAUCAAAAAUCAAAAGUUCAGAAAUGUUUUUGUAAGUAAGGUUUAGAAUGCAAUGCUCUUACAACUGUUGAUGCCAAAUGUCAUUUUCAAGUAGUAAUGAAGUUAUUAUUUACAGUUUUUCUUUGUAUUGAGUAUUUGUAAAUAGGUCUUCUGUUUUUUUUUUCUUUUCGACUGAAAGUGACAUUUUUGUCAAUGUCAAAAUGUUGUCCUUUUUUAACAGUUUUUUAGUUUCUGAAAAAAAAAAUUACAGAAAAAUCUUAAUUGCCAAUUUUACCGAAAAACCAUCUUGUUCAAUUAACACAGUUAAGUGAAAAAGUAGUUGUCAUGUUUGAGGAUUAUUUCUAGGUUUGAUCAAUCCACAUAGUUUAUUGCAAUCAGAGAAGAUAACAAUUCACUGAUUCUUGUCUCAUCUUCCCCUUUCUAAUGUAAACAGAGGUGCAGUUGAUUUGGAUGGUAGAAUAGAACCAGGAGAUAUGCUCCUUCAGGUAUGUGCAGCAUUUCCUGAUUUACUGUACAUCCACUUUUAAGCCUAGGGGGUUUAUUUAUUUUGAGCACAUUUAAGCGGUGGUGGUAGUGGUGGUGGUGGGGGCAGGGGCUUGAUGGAGAUGGGGGGCUUAUUUAAUUUAGCAAACCCAAAGGUGAUGGUAUCAGUUCUCCAUAAUGAACUAGAAUGCAAAGUGGAAUGCUCAAGUAGAAGAAGUUGAAGUCAUUGAGCCAAGGAUCAAGUCAACAAAUCCAUACUUCCACCUUGUGAAUAAACCAUCCUAGAUCAGUCCACACAAAGUUACAGUGGUGAUUGAUUAAUGCGGUCUAACAUUUUAUUGGUCAAUAAUAAUAAGGGAGGGGAGGAGGGGCUUAUUAACUUUCAUCUUCUGAAAAGGAAGGGCUUAUUAGAGAGGGGGGGCUUAAUAGAGGAUUUAUGCUACUUAAAGUACUUGAUCAUUCUUUUGUCCUUCUAGAACAUUAUUUUCAUUGUAAAAGAAUGUUGUAUAACACAGGUUUUUAGCUACCUGGUUGUUAUGAAUGAACAGUUAUAAAAAGGUUAUUAAAAUAAUAGCCAGUUUUUGACCUUGAUUUCUGAUCCCUUUCCUUUGUUCCAGGUCAAUGAUGUUAAUUUUGAAAAUAUGAGCAAUGAUGAUGCUGUGCGGGUGUUAAGAGAGAUGGUCCACAAACCUGGGUAAGGCUCUUAACAGAAUUGUCCCAGAUAUUAAAUGUGUGCCCCUUUUGAAGGCGACAACAAAAAUAAUCUUGUUGAUGUUUUACUUAUUCACAUUAUCCUCUUUGGCCUCCUUUUUAAACCAGAUUCAGGAAAUCCAGUAUCAUUUUCGUGAAUUAAGAGAUGAUUUAUUGCUCUUUACCAUGUCUUAUUUCGUCUCAUUUGUAGUCAGUUCAAUAUGGUUUUAAUAAAAGGAAACUGUUAAUAUACUGUAUGCUUGAAACACUUCAUUAAACCAUUUAGUUGUUUACACUUGAAAUUUGAAGGACUUCUUUCAUAUUUGAAGGCUGUGAAUGACAAUUCUACUUGAUCUCAAGGCUUAAAUGUUUAUGUCAGAUGCAACACUAUAGAAACAGAUUUAUCAUCUGGUAAAUACAUAUAAAAAAUGCUGCUUUUACGCAUGUUUCUCAUUUAUCCUAUUAUAAAUUGUUUUUCAGACCUAUUACGCUGACUGUAGCAAAAUGUUGGGAUCCAACCCCCAAAGGAUACUUUACGUUACCUCCAAGUAUGUAUCAAUUUUUUGUACUUUGUAAUAGGCCUAUUUCCCUAUGUGUUAUGUGGUUUAAAUUUUCUUGUGAACUCGUAGCAGAAAUUUGAGCUUUGUAAUACACAAGGGAAAGAUUUUACAACAAUUUGAAAAUGUCAAAAUUUAUAAGGAUUUGUAUGAGAAACCACUUAAACGUGACUAGGUGGCAAGAGUUGUUUUUCCACACAAUCCUUUUAAUUUUCUGUAACCUGUGUUUCAAGAUAUACAACAGAAAAUGUACAGGUUACGUAAUUUUAAUAUGCUCUUUCAGUUCCUGCUAACAAUUUCCAAAGUGAAUUGUUUUCAUGUUUACCAAGAGUUGAAUGUGUGAUCAACCAUUGCAAAAGGCCCAGGCUGACUUAGUUGUGUGCAGUGUGCUAACAUUUGGGUUACCUUUCUGUUUUCUGGUCUAGGUGAACCAAUUCGUCCUAUCGAUACGUCUGCGUGGGUCCAACACACAACAGCGAUGGCUCGUAAGUACUUUAAAGUCACCUCCGAAGUUGAAAUUUUUUUGUAGGAGGUUAUCCCUGCAUGAGUAAAAUAAGGGUAAAAAGACAUGAAAAAAAUCUCUUGCUUAUAAUUUUCUCAUGGUGUUGUUUUCUACUGAAUUUUAGAGCUUGGUAACCCAGCAGUCCAAUAUGGAAAACAGCCGAACAGCCAAUCACUGACCACGAUGACGUCUACAAGCUCAUCAAUGACAAGCUCCCUACCAGAGUCGGACAGUGAGUUGCUUUGUGGUUCUCAACCCUUUAAACCAUAAAAUAAAAUAUCAAACUUGAAAUUCCCAUUUGUUGCCCCCGUACAUUUCCUAAAAAGGAGUGGGGAGAAUUUGUUCAAGGAUCAACAAGAAAUGUCUUACAAAGUGACAGUCUACAGCUGUAAAUGUUUGUAAGUUCUGUUGGCUUUAUUUAGUGUUUAUUUUCUCUUUUGUUCUAGGAUAUACGGAGCUUCCAGAAGGGGAAGGACUCUCAGUAAAUACAGACAUGAGCACUAUAGUAAAAACAAUGGCAGCUCCAGAUUCAGGUCUUGAUGUCAGGGAUAGGAUGUGGCUUAAAAUUACUAUUCCUAAUGCUUUUAUAGGUGUGUAUAAUCUUUGAUGCUUUCAUCAAACUUUACUGUUGAGCAUAGGGUAAAUAGGGUUAGCCUGUGUAGCUGGCAGAAUUGUUUGUGUGUGUGAGAGUGUUGGCAGUUAAGCCAUCAAUCUUUAAGCUUUGUCGCAAGAAGCAAGCGCCACAGCUCCGUAGCUCCUCUGCCAAAACGUUGCUCGUACUAACAAUCCUGCUGGCUACAUGGGCUAAACCAGGAUUCAUACAGGUCAUGGAAAACGUGGAAAGUCAUGGAAUUUAAUAAUUUUGUUUUCCAGGCCUGAAAAGUCGUGGAAAAUAAGUAACUUGUUGAAGUUAUGUUUAGUAGAUUAGUUACUGCAAUUAUUUCAAAGCAAGGACAUGGAAUUUGGAGACAGAGUGCAAAUGACACUUCUUUUGGACAUCAGAGUUCGUCUCUCUUGAACUGAGUUAGAUAAAAAAAUCACCAAAAUUAAGAAUAGUUUAGAAAAUGUUUGAAAAUUAUAGUCAAACCUAAGGUCGUGCAAAAAGUCAAGGAAUUUUAAGAGCUCAAAACAUUAAGAAAUUCUGGGUAAAGUGCAUGUUUCUCACAACACCUUGUCUAAUUUCUUUAUUAUGUUUACACUGCAGGUUCUGAUGUUGUAGACUGGCUUUAUUCACAUGUAGAAGGAUUUCAAGACAGACGUGAAGCUAGAAAGUAUGCUUGCAAUCUUUUAAAGGUAGGUCUGUGCCUUGUCACUUCUGCUCACUAGUACAUCAGGGGCGGAUCCAGGAUUUUUUUUAGGAGGAGGUGCACUCUUCUCUUGCUCUACUUCAACACCAAUAAACCACAUAGUUUUUUUUUUUGCAGAAUACCAGUUGUAUUAGAAAACUGCAAAUCGUCUCAGGGGGGGUGUGCACCCCCUGCACCCUCCCCCUACAUCCGCCCCUGUACAUAACACGUCCUUAGCACAAACUUGUGAGGUCUAUACACUUAAAAAGUGUUGUCUUUGCUCUAAAUCAACCCAUGGGCUAAAGUUUAAUUUUCUUCUGAAUAAUUAAGAAAGUAAACUACGAAUUAGAUUACUAGACUCAAAAUAUUAUUAUCAGAUAAUCUUGUCAAUAACAUAUGUGGUAAAUGAUUUGGUAAUUAUUCUAGACCUUUCUACCUUUUUUUAUCGUUAAAAAUAUUUCUUUUUUUAUUGCCUACAGGCUGGCUUUAUUCGUCACACGGUGAAUAAGAUUACCUUCUCAGAACAGUGCUAUUAUGUUUUUGGAGAUCUUUGUGGAAGUAAGUUUUUUAUUUUCUUUCGUUUUAUUUUUUAGUCCGUGCCUUAGGGAGGAAAAUGUAAAAGAGUUAAUUUUCCAAAAUCAUCAGAGUUAUUUUCUUUGUUGUAUUAUCAAGCCAGGUUAUCUAUCUCCUAUAUUGCCACUAAUUUAAUUAUUUAAAUUUUCAAAUAUAUUAACAGUCUUGUUUAUAGCCUAGAGCUAUUUUGAUACCCCAUACCACUCCGGAUGCUUCUAGUCUGAAACUAAAUUGGACUAGCAGAUGUGCUGACUACUUAUUUUUGUGAUGAUUACUAAAAUAUUAUUUAUUGCUGAAUUUCAAAGCUGGAAACUGUCUUUGAAUAUUUGAUUUCUGAAUUGGCUUGUGGCUUGUGGAUUAUUAUAUUCUUAUGCUAAUUCUCAAGGCUGUGCUCUAGUAAGAUAAAUCAAAAGAACCUAGUGCCCUGAACCUGUGAACUCAAGGGUGUCCAGUGUAUGAUUUUCGUGAACAAAGAAAGAAAACCUAAGAUUUCGUAAGGUUUCCCAAGAGUAAAGUGGGGGGCCAUGGACCACUGGGCAAUGCUUGGUGUACAGUCCCUGUGUUGUUAUUCCAGUUGCCAGUCAUUUGUAAAUCAGAAGGUGGCAAAAGAUCAGUUUUGUUUUUACAGUUUUCGCAAGAAAUGCUAAUUCAACCCCAAGAUAAAAUUAUCAGAUGAUUAUUUGUUAUUAUUUACCUAAAACUUGUAAUAAUAUUUAUUUCUGCUAGAAUUAAGAAUAUCCUUUAUGAGAAGGCUGGGUUUAGUGGAUUUUGCUAUCUGGCUAGUGAAUUCUGUUCUUAACUUGUGCGACCGGAAAGGGAAUUUAAAGGGAAUUGUAAUUAAUGCUACUGGUCAAGAAUUGUUUUGGGGCUAAUUAAAACUGCUCUUGGGCUAGUACAUUCUUGAUAUGGCUUGCCCGAAGGGUAAGCUGUAAAACUGACUUUCUUUGCACUCUGGAUUUACUGCUUUAAUUUAUAAAAGGCAUCCUUUGCAUGCGUUUUCAAAUUGUUUCUAGAAAUCAAUCCUUGACAAUUGCUCUGUGUUUGUGGUUUUAGAUAUGGCAUCUCUUACAAUUCAUGAGCAUGAAGGUGAUGGUGACAAUGACACUCUGGGACCCCUCCCUCCACACCAGCAAGGAAUCUCCUGGAUGGCAGGACCCCCAAGUUAUGGCUAUCAUCAAAUGCCUCCUUACCCCACCGCUCCCCCACUCAUGGUUGAUGCACAGACCCCAGGGUAUGCACAGUCAUUUUACAGUGCACACAGUGGUAGCCAAAGCCCUCACAGUGCUAGUGGCAGCUCUAAAAGAAGCGGCGGUGGCGGUAACCGUGGAGAUGGUGACAACAGAAGUAGUGGUGGAAGCAGCAGUGGGAAGAGUGGUAGCAGCAAGGGAAAGGAUCGUGAUGCACGCAGCGUGGAAGGGUCAGCUGCUCCAAUGCUCCCUGCACCACCCCCGGUUGGGGUACCCAUGCCCGGGACGCCUGGACUCGCUAUGAUACCGAGACCACUUGAUCAAGUCCCUGAUAAUCUGUCAGCGAGUAGGAACAGUUUUAGAAUGGCCAUGGGUAAUCCUUGUGAAUUCUUUGUAGAUGUCAUGUGAGGUGAAUUGGAUAUAAUACUGGCAAGUUGAGUCAUGGAAUAAGUGGCAGCGAUCAUGCCCUGUGACAACAGCCCACAGUAGCUGGUCAGAGUCCCAGCUAUGAGCCUCCCAUGCUACUUAGCAACACCUGUCUGCAAGAUCCUGUUUAAGUUUUUGUUCUUCUGCCGACAGCUGAACAAAAGACCAGUACAGUAGUCAUCAAGAAUUAGCUGCCUUCUCAAUUCUAAAAUAGCGAAUGAGGUCCUGUGGUAAAUUUCCUACGACUUCCAGAGCAAUAAAUUAAUUGACAUAAUUAUUAGUUAUUAUUUCCAUUUGUACAUAGUGUGGCAUUGGUGCUUUUGAGAUGUUAGGUUUGUACAUAAAAUGCAGCAUGAGUUAUUUUUAAUGGCAAAGAGACGUCAUUUUUAUCUAGCAAACUUUUGAGGUACAAGAAAAAUUUGGGGGAUCUUGGACGAUCCCGUAGUAAUUGACGCGAUCAUAGCCUGUUUUAUCUUACCGUGAACCUCAGAUUUUACUCGAGGAAAUGACUUAUUGAAUUCUCAAUAUAAUAAAGUAUUGCGGAGCUUUAGUCGUCUCGCAUUAUUUGGAGAGUUUUCAAAAGUAGCCCACACCUAUACUUCCCAUGCGUGAUCAAAGGUGAAAGCCAAUCCCACGGUUCAUUUAACCCUUUUAAAAGUGAUCAACAUAAAAUUUCUCCUUGUAAUAUCUAUCUUUUAUAAGACUGAGUGGCCAAGAGAACUGAGGACAUGAUCACUCUAUUUGAUGCUUAACAAAAUCUCCCCACUACUACUAUUAAAAACGUAUGGGGACAACAAAUGAGAAUUUUUAAUUUGGUAUAAGGGGGUUAUAAAUGGUUAAAUGCUGAACAUUCCACCCUGCAAGUACGAUGCCAAAGAGGUUUUCGUUGGUUGCGUAGUAAGAUACCGUCCAAAAAUAUUGGUAGGAUACUAGGCAUGUCUCUCAAUGCCUUUUUGUGUGAAAGGGUCUAGAUUAAACUUUAUUUGAGACAUACCGGUAGUCAUCACAAACUUCUGAUCCGUUGCAUGAUAGUGGCUUUCAAUGGAAACGUAGCGUUAGUGAGAGACAAUUGGAAAAUCAUAGGAUUCUAUAAUUCAAUAAAACAAUUCAAAUGAGCACAGUUUUACAUUGUAAAGGAGGGAGAGGUAGGGUUUUGUUCUCAUAUUUUCUGGAGUAAAUCUUUUCCAGCAAAUAAAGUUAAACAAACG